CAACCAAUUGACAGUUGACGUUUAAUUUUUGUCUGGGGUUGUUUAGAAAAAAAAUGUAAAAUAACAAUUUUAUUUGUGUUCCACUGAAUAAUUUGAAAAAUAAAGUAUCCACUAUAGAAAUCAAUUCACAACGAGAAACUUAAAUAGAAGAUAAGUAUGGGAACUUGGUCGCUCGAAGUUGCCAAAAUGGCCUUAUAUAUAACGUUUCCUGUAGCACUGUUCCAUUAUUUCAACCAACCGAAGUAUUUUGAAGAAUGGGUAGUCAAUAAGAAACGAGAACUUUUUCCUCCAGAAUCACAAGCUCACAGAGAGUUUGAAAAAGCUAUACAAGAGAUUAAACGUCAACAAAAUCUAGAUCUUGUAAAGGAUUUAGAAGCAAAAUAAAAUACUAUAACAAAAUUUGUAAUUUAUUUAAUGUAUGGAGAUGUAUCAUACAAUAAUAUUGUGGCAAUAGUACAAAAGUGAGACAUUUAAAAUAUUGUAUGUACAAAUCCUAUUAGUAAUCUAUUUUUCAUAAAACUUCUAAAUGAUUUAUUUUCAUGGUAUGCCAUAAGAAUGGUCUUUAGAUUACAUAUACUUACAAGUCAUAUGCAUAGUUUAUGUAAAAAAUUGUUAAAUAGAACAACAGAAAACCCAUUGUUACCAGAAUAUAACUAGAAAAAAUUGUUUAUUUUGAAGUUAUACUCUUAUCAAGCAAGUAUGUUUGUAGCCAAUUUAAUUGGAAACAUGUCCAAACCAAGACAACAUUAUAGUCUUUUUAUUUUUGAUACAUCCUCAUACCUACCAUAUUUAAAUGAAAAAUAAUGCAAUGUAUGCAACAUUAAAAUGGUUUUAAUAUAAAUUAGUGAUAUUUUUUUUAUAUAAUCAAUAGUUUAUUUUUAUUUAUUAUUGAUCAUAUGUAAAUAUUUUAAAUAUACUCUUAAAUUUUUAUUUUACCACAUUAAUUUUAUAUCACAAUUUUUGUAAAAUUCAGUGGCGGCUUGUGGCCUAGUCUAAGAUGAGGCUGGCACACCCUAUACUUAACACGAAUAUAUAUUUUUAUUAGAAUAUUAUAUUUCUGAUUUUUGUAUUCUAAUAGAAAGUAUUAAGUAUGUAUAGGGUGUGCUUUUCAAGAGUAGCCUCCGUAGCUUAAGUCACGAGCCACCUCUGGUAAAAUUGUAGCUAUUGAAAUGAAUGAAUAAGACAUCAAAAACUUUCUGUCUUCAGUUAUAUACAGGGUGUUUUUUUAAUAUUGCGAAAAUAUUCAGAAGCGUGUCCCUUGGACGAAAUGAAGCAAAGAAGUUCCAUAUGUCCUACGCCUCUUAGAUUUUGAACUACAGGGUGAUAAAAGUUAUAAGAAAAAAAACUUAUUAUUUGCGAUAAAUUUAAUACCCCUGUAGAUAUUUUUCUGAAAAUUGGUACGCAGGUUCUAUGCAUCCAAAGCCAUUUUCCGAUACACAAUUUAAACUUUUACAUUCGCCAUUGGCGUUCAUGCGGGCUUUGAACUGAAUAUUUUCUAAAAAGAAAACGGUACGCCACUGGUUUUUCUUGUAAGAAAAAUAUUUUCGAAUUCUUUAUUUCUUUUAUAGCAUAUCUGGCCUCUUGGCCUGUUUUCGCUUGAUGCACGGUUUUCGCACAAAACAAUAAAAACCAUUUUCUCAAUAUUAAAAAAACACCCUGUAUAUAUUCAAUAUUUAUGGACUGGGAAAUUCUUGAAAAAUAAUUAUGAGCAGUUUGGUUACUACAUUCUCUAUCCAUUUAUUCCAUUGUGAUCUGUUCAUAGCUCUAUUCUUUAGCCCUGGAAACCUACUUUCUUUAAUCCUAUUUUUGCAUCCUCUCUUCCAUUGUUUUUCUAGGGCUACCUAUUAUUAUAAGCAAAGAACAAGAAAUCAUUUUUGAAAAGAAAUAUUAAUAAUUCACAAUAAUUAAAUGUUUUUUGAAACUGUAUUUUUACUAAUUUUUCUAGAAUGGGACAUGAUUACAGUGUUCAUAAAUAAACUAAAAUAAUAUAAACAACUGGUAUUGCCUGAAAAAUCAGAAACAAUAAUAAUUUUGAAAGCAAAUUAAAUUUGAUGUAAGGAAAUAAUAUUUGAAAUUAUUUAUUAAACCUAUCUUAAAUCUAAUAACUGUACAAAAACGCCGAUUUUAACCCAACAAAAAAUAUUCAGUAAUGUAACUACUGUAUGAUCUUAAAACACUAUUUAGGCACCAAGAUCAUUGCAUUCAUUUUAUGUCAAACUAAUUAUUGUUUGUUGUGCUGGUAAUCACAUUACACCAUUAAAAGUACUAAAUUUUGAAAUACACUCUUCCAAUAAUUUAGAAUUAUUAAUGUAACUUAAACGGAUUUUGAAACAAUCGGAAAUUGUGAGAAAAUUUUGAAUUUGUUCAAUAUGGGUGAUGCUUUAUAGACUAUCCAUUUAACGUCGAUAAUUCAUUAUUAUUAUUACUUGUACUUGGUACGGACGCCUCAGGUUGGAGCAACAAGUUUUGGAAGGGAAUUUGGGGUAGCACUAUCAUUAUAUCAAAUAUGGGUAAUAUGGGCAAUACCUGAAAUAAAUCAAUUUCCAUUAAGGCAAAUUAUAUUUCACAAUCCAUCUGGAUCAUUAGCUAACCUAAAAGAAUGAUGUUAUAGAUAAACAAGUUCAGCUCAACCUAAAAAUAAAUCAAAAAAAUCGCAAUAAAGUAUUGCUGUAUAAACUUAUAAUACUAAAGCAAAUUUUGAGUUAUGACAUGUGCCAAAAUAUUACUUUAUUUUAUCGUUUUAGCUUUGUCUGUUUUUUCUAAAAAUCGUCUAGUUUAACACUUCCAUAAAUCUUCCAAGUACUUUCUUUUCUAAUUUGAAAUGUUAGCUUCUUGAUUUACUUUUUUAAAAACAUGUGCUUAUAUUAUCAGGAUUGUACGUUCAAAUUAAACUUAUUUUUGACUGGACAAAUAAAAAUAGUAAUAAUCAAAUACAUUGUAUUCAGAAAUUCUUUUUAUCAAAAUGAAGCUUACUGAAAUGCAAAGAAUUUAAAUUCUGUAUAAUGAUUGUAGAGACAAAAUAAGGACACCACUAAGCAAAAAUGAGAAGAAAUUCAGAGAAACGAGCCAUGUAAGAGAUCUCCAUAAAGGUAGUGGGAAACAAAUAGCAGAAAACAAAAAAACUAGAUGUUUUACUAGUUUUAAGAGAAUGCCCAUAUCAGUUCAUCGCAAGAGCAUUAUUACAAACUAUUCAACAGUUCUUAGAACCCUAAAAAAGAAAAGUGGCAUUCCUAUUAAGUUACUUUCUCCACGACCAUUACUGAAUAUAAUUCUUCAAAUACAAUUUUAAUUAAAGAAUGUAAAUAUUCUCACUCUUAAGAUUGGAAAAAUAUUCUGCAUACAUUUCCAUCCUAUAACAAGUGUUAAAUUAUCUUUCCAACAGCUGGUAGGUAACCAUUGAUACAGAGAUGAGUAUAGUGGUGUGUUUUUGACGUUUCUGUAACAUUUAUAUUAAUUAGAACAGCAAAGGUG